CUGAUGGCUUUGCAAAGGCGUUGUCUUUCGCAAUUUUAUAAAGAUUUUUUAAUUAUCAGAUAUUGAUUUCGAGAGGAUAGGUCCACGGUGCCGAACAUGGACAGAGGUGUUUUAAAGCUAUCAAACGAUGAGAAACUGUUGACUAUCGCCGUCGUUAUGGGAUUCCUAACCCUAACUAUCUUGCUCACAGUGUGCGUAGUAACUCCUGUUUGUUGGCUGCACACUGUCAUACACCGGAACAAAGCAAAAGACAAGAAAUGCCGUGAUGUUGAAUUACAGGAGGAGGCAACGCCCAUUAAACGAACGGUGGCGCCCCACUACGGACUUCAAUCAAACCGAUCUUCUCGUGUUACUUCAGAAUCUAUUGCAGGGCGUAAAAAAUACACAGAAGACUCGACCUAUAGCAGUAUGUCUGCUAGCAGUCGUGGCGACGGAACAAUAUCUCUCUAUAGUGAACUUUCCUUGGACAUUCCCAUCCCCAAUGAAGAUAUGGAGGCAAACUAUGGCCAAGUGGUCUUCUCCGUUGUUUACAGGCAACAACAAAACCAAAAUGAAGGACAACUGAUUCUCUAUUUAAAGGAAGCUCAAGAUUUACCAUCUCGUAUUUAUGGUGGGAUCAUUGAUCCUUAUUUGUUAGUUCAGAUUAUCAAAGACAGAGGUCACAAGCGUCGCAUUAAGGGUCGCUCUGUUCCAUAUUAUGAAUUCCGGAGUAGUACAAAGAGAAAAAGUCAACAUCCUCUAUUCCGAGAGACAGUGAUAGUGAAUAUGCUGAGCUCACAACUGAAAGACUACGUUCUAAGAAUUGCUGUGGUUGAUGAAGAGAAGAUUGUGAACGACACAAUUCUUGGAGAGAUCUCAAUUCCCUUACGGGAGUUCCAUCUGGAGGAAAAUCAUGUGCACGUAUUAGACCUACUGGAGCCAAAACAAGACAAUGGAGAUAUUCUGUUUGGCUUAAGCUACCUACCAACUGCAGAACGUCUGACAUUUACUGUUGUAAAAGGCAAUAAUUUUCGUGUUGUGACUGAUGAUGUGGACACGUUUGCUCCUUACGUUCGAGUACUUUUGUUUCACAACGGAAAGAUGCUAAAGAAAAGGAAGACGUCUAGUCGCCUAGGAACCGAGUGUCCAUCGUAUAAUGAAUCUCUCACUUUUGAUGUUCCGCUCUUGGAGAUGGAGAACGUCAUGUUCAUUGUAGCCGUAAGCCACCGAGACACGACCUUGAAUUAUAAGCAUUCUACCAGUCCCAAGCCGGUCAAACGUGACAAGCACGUGGGUAAAGUUGUGAUCGGCCCUCAUGCACGUGGAAGUGCUUUUCAUCAUUGGUUGGCAAUGAAGAAGUCGCCUAGGAAGCAAGUAACCCAGUGGCAUACCAUUCAUUAAAAGAAAAAAUAAACUGCUGAAAACAACUUGUUUUAUAAGAUAUUCAUCACGUUUGGAUAAAAGUGUGCAUACAAGAACUGAACAUUUCAUUUUUUUUUAACAAUGGUGUGCUGAUAAAUAAUAUAUAUAUAUUCUGCCUCGGGAAAAGUUUUACGUAAUUCGUACAAAGGUUCCUGAACUGUAUUUCGUUUAAGUUUUUCACAAUGUUUAUCACUUUAGAAUUGAAAGUAGAGCUUUAA